AUGUACCACGCCGAAUUACGGUGGUUCCCGCCUCCUCGACAGAUCUGGAAUUUCCGCGAGUACCCUGACCCAAUGCGACCAGACUCGGUUGGUCGUGGCACCCGCCGUUUCCGCUUCGAAGGAGACCACCGUCAGCUCACUCCUCAGUAUCUCAACCUCAUGCUCGUCGAGAUGAGAGGACAACUUCUUGCCCAGUUUGCCGACCUGCCUGCUAGAGACGCAAUCGCCACGGCUCCACUCGGGAUCAACAGCUCUCUGUACGUCGAUGUCUUGGCACGCAAUGCGGAGGCCUACAGGAUCAUCAAGGAUGCCAACCUCUCUGCCUUCGGACAGCACUUCCACCUGGCUUUCUCGGGCGCCCCUUUCCCUCCCAAUCAGCUCAUGUUCCGGGUGAACAAUAUCGACAUCCGUAAUCGCCUUGUGCCGGUGCUCAAUGCCAUAAGAAAGGAACUAGCUCGUAGCGUGCGCAUUAUCGCGUUCUGGGCCAUGUAUCACCGGGCUACCAUGGUGAAUGGUGUUGCGACCCACAACGAUUUCACUGGUAUCGUCUAUGCCUUGGGAGAGGCUCACGGCAAUGCUGUUAGAGUCGACACCGCUCGUUUGCCUGGUUUUCUCGAGUUCGAUCAGCUCGACUUUCCCCGUCGACUUCCUGUCUUUUUUGAAGGUCGUCCAGACGAUUGCCGAGUCUGCAAACCUCGAGCCCCCAAGCAUCUUUCCACGGAAUGCCAGGCCGGCUCUUGCCGUUGUGGAGGCAGACAUCCGCCUCGUCAGUGCUUUUACAGACAUUAG